AAUGCAUUUUUGUAACACUUAUUCUUUAAAUGUUUUAUUUUACAUUCUUACUUACAAAACAUGUAAUCAAUCAGUGUAUAAAAUAUGAUGUUAAUAAAUUAAACCACACAACAGAAUAUCGUUGAACUGUUCUUAAAAACUCACCUUUUUGGCUUUUUUUUACUAAUCUUCAUCCUAUUUAAUGUAUCUUGACUCUACCUUACAAUCUGAUUGGCUGCUACAUGUGAAUGAAAGGAGGGAACAAUCAAUAUUUAUAUAAUAAUGUCAUGAAAAUGAAACUACAACACCUGAACGUCAACAGUGGCAGCACGAGACAAACAUGGCCAGCAAACUUCUUCAUCCUCCAGUGCAAAGACCAAGAGCUCCAGAUUGUGAUAGUUGGGAAGACUGGAGUCGGUAAGAGUUCGACAGGAAACACCAUCCUGAUGAAAACGGCUUUUCAGACUCCGAUACAGCCAUCCUCGGUGACACAGGCCUGCAAGAAGGAAAAAGGAGAGUUGGAUGGACAGAAGCUGGCUGUUGUUGAUACUCCUGGUCUGUUUGGAGGAACAGAAUCUGACAUCAAGGUGAUGGAGGAGAUCAAGAGGACCGUGCUGUCGGCUUUAGAUGGCCCCGUUGUGUUCCUGGUUGUGCUCGAGUUGGGCGAACUGACGGAGGACGAACGGAAAACAGUGAAAUUAUUACAGAAGACCUUCAGCAGAGAGGCAGCACAUCACACCAUGGCCUUGUUCACUCGAGGAGAUGAUCUGAAGGAACAAGGAGGUUCCAUAGAGGACUUCAUCGGAGCAAACCCAGCUCUGCGUGACUUCGUCAGGGAAUGUCGGGGGGGAUACCAUGUUUUUGAGAACAUAGACGGAGAUCCCUCUCAAGUUGUUGAGCUGCUGCAGAAGAUCAACAGCAUAGUGCGGAGAAAUGGAGAAAGCUACAAUAAAAUGGACCGAGAUGCUGAGGGAGUCCUCUGGAAAGAAAAUCUAGAAACACCAGCAACAGACGAAGCAGAAAAACCUGCAUUGAUUGAUUCCUGCCUUCAAGGUGCUUUCAAUGGAGCGUACACUUUUGGUGCACUAUGUUUUGUCGCUAACUUAAAAUCACAACCAGUGGAAUCUGUAGUGGUGGGUGGCAUAAUUGGGGGUGUGGUUGGUGCAGCUGUUGGUGCAGUACAGUAUGUGGGUAGCAAGCUGAUCACAGAGUGAACACAACACAUUAACUGUGGUACAACCAGUUUAUAAACUCAGUCAGGGGGCGCAGCACAAAACUCUGGACUCCUUGUGGUCCCUCGUCUUUUAGUUCUUCAACCAAAUGAGGUCUGGUUCCUGAACUGGUUCUGUUCAAGAUCUUUGGAACUAUUAUAAUGAACGAUAUUAAUGCACAACAACCUGUAGAAUACGACACGCAGUAUCGUAAGUAAUAAGUAUCCUAAGUACCCUGCUACAGAAAUCUGUUCCCUCAAAGAGCCGUCAACAACCAGAGCAUUAACUAUAACAGUAACUAUAAAUACGACAGCGGUGAACAAUAUCGUUGGGAUCAUUCCCAUCUGAUUGCAAAUUACACAAAAAACUAUUUUAUCUGAAACAUACUGACAGACGACCUUUUUUGUGUUAAGCAGCUGCAGGUUGAGGCCACUGUUUACACACUGUUACAGUAGUUCUUGUUCCUGCUGUGGACGGCCCUUUAAAGUCCCUCUUGUAAUGUUUGACCUUCAUUCAGAUAUGAACUUUGUACAGUUUGUCUCCACUAUAAAAACGUAUAAUUCCCUCUAUACCACAUCAUCUUAUCUUUAUAUAAAUGUUUAUAUAAAUGUUUAUAUAUAUAUAUAUAUAUAUAUAAAUAUAUAUAAACAUUUGUAUCUGAUAUGUUCUUCUGCUGGUUUUUUGGUGCUUAUUUUAAAUUACAGUCAACGCCUGUCCUAUUAAAUGUGCUAGAUAAAUAAACUUAAAACUAAAAUUAAUAAUUGUGACUCAUUUUAUUUAAUGUUUUGUGAAUUAUAUUGACUCAGACUGGAGGUGGAGUGUUUGUGAUUGUAGAAGAAAUAUGUGAGUAAAACAAGAUGAAUUAAUAAGUCAAUAUUUAAAAAGGCAAUCUACCGUUGGCAUCAUCCUAUUUAUUUCUAACACUCUAAACAAUAAUAAUAUAUACAUAUAUGAUAGCGUCAGUACUUUAGGUUGAUCCACCCACACCUAACUUUAAAGUACUUUGCAAUUUACUUUUUAGUCCACUACAUUCAUUUGACAGCUGUAGUUAUUUCCUUUGAAGUGUUAAACUCAACCGGAUAGACAAUGAUAACAUCUUGUUAUUGCACCAGUAAUAAUCACAUAUUAUGUAUAAUCCUAUAUUUCAAGGACAUUAGAUGAUAAUUCAGUACUUUUACUGAAUAUUUCUAUAGGAUGGCAUCACUCCAUUGUUCUUUAAAACCCAUAUUUAUUUCUACUGAGUACUUUAACUUCUCAGGUAACAGGUGAUGUUGGAUUCAGGGGAGGUAACAACCAGUAGGAAUAUAAUAAAGUCAUGAAAACUAAACUAUAUUAUUCAAUUCAAUUUUCAAUUCAAUUUUAUUUGUAUAGCGCCAAUUCAUAACAGAAGUUAUCUCAGGACACUUUUUCAAAUAGAGCAGGUCUAGACCGAACUCUUUAACAUUAAUUACAGAGACCCAACAGUACCACCAUGAGCAAGCACUUGGCGACAAGGGCAAGGAAAAACUGCCUGUUAAAAGGCAGAAACCUAGGACAGAUCCUCCGGCUCUAGGUGGGUGGUCGUCUGUCCCGACCAGUUGGGGUGAGAGAGAGAGAGAGAGAGCGAGAGACAGACAGACAGACAGACAGGUGCACAGCAACAACAGUAUUGGCAAUGGCAGUCAAGCAGGACCAUGGCAGGAGGCUCCACCAGGAUCCAUGAGAAUCUGCGAGACGAGAAAGCACAAGAACUCCGGGGAAGAAGUGAAGUUAGUAACAUGCAUUAAAGGGACAUGAAUGAGUGCAGAAAGAGAGAGGAAGAGAGUAGCUCAGUGCACCAUGGGAAAUCCCCCGAUAGUCUAGGCCUAUAGCAGCAUAACUAAGGGAUGGUUCAGGACUCACCUGAUCCAGCCCUAACUAUAAGCUUUAUCAAAGAGGAAUGUCUUAAGCCUACUCUUGAAUGUGGUGAGGGUGUCUGCCUCCCGAACCACAACUGGAAGCUGGUUCCACAGGAGAGGAGCUUGGUAACUGAAGGCUCUGGCUCCUGUUCUACUUUUAGAGACUAUAGGAACCACAAGUAGCCCAGCAUUCAGAGAACGUAAUGUUCUAGAGGGGUAAUAGGGUACUAUGAGCUCUUUAAGAUAUGAAGGGGCCUGACCAUGAAGAGCUUUAUAGGUGAGGAGGAGGAUUUUAAAUUCUAUUCUACAUUUUACAGGGAGCCAAUGCAGAGUAGCUAGUACAGGAGAGAUGUGAUCUCUUUUUCUAGUUCCUGUCAGUACUCGUGCUGCAGCGUUCUGAAUUAAUUGGAGCGUUUUAAUGGACUUAUUGGGGCAGCCUGAUAAUAAAGAGUUGCAGUAAUCCAGCCUUGAAGUAACAAAUGCAUGGAUUAGUUUUUCUGCAUCUGUCUGUGAUAGUAUGUGUCUAAUUUUUCUAAUAUUACGUAAAUGAAAGAAGGCAGUCCUAGAGGUCUGCUUUAUGUGGGAGUUAAAUGACAAAUCCUGAUCAAAGAUAACUCCAAGAUUCCUGACAGUGGUGUUAGAGGCCAAGUUAAUGCCAUCUAGAGUGACUAUAUCUUUAGACAAUGAGUCUCUAAGGUUUUUGGG